GAAAUCGUCAUAAUCGACAGACAUAAAAGCACUGUGAACUUUGUAUUGACGCUCAUUGUAUCGCAGACUACCUCUGUGCUGCUGGCAUUUACAGAUAUGCACAUGAUGGCUACCCCUCUUGAUGGUCUUCACAUGCGGCAAAUGAGGUUCUCAGGAAGGUCUAUCCACAGCAUGGUACCUCGUCCUAGAUCUAGACAGGUCGCCCGCGCCUCCAGGGAAGAAGCCAUAGCAAACAUGCAGUCAUACAAAGCUGGCCUGACAAAGGCUUUGACCUCACGCGAAGACUCUCUUAGAGCAGAGGUGGCAGCAAAGGCAGCAACUGUAGAGGAGGGAUCAUCUGAACAGGCGACAACAUUAGGCUUGAGAGAACUGAACAAGGAUGAUUACUACCCCUUUUUGAAAGAAAACGCUGACAAGCUGGUUAUUGUCGAUUUUUACACAGACUGGUGUGGGCCAUGCAAGCUGAUGGUUCCCAUUUUAGAGGAGUUGGCUCGUGAGUUGAAGGGCAGAGCAGAGAUUGUAAAAUUCAAUUGUAACAAGAACAACAAGGAACUUGGCGUGUCCUUGGGAAUCAAAGUGGCUCCAACCUUCCACCUCUAUCGCGCCGAGAAACAGGUGGCUAUGAUGACAGGUGCCAAGAUUGAUGAGCUGCGCGAGUUGAUAGACAAGCAUAUUUAAUGUUCUGGGUGCAGCCAUGUGGGCCAUUGCAAUUCCAGAAUACCUUGUGAGUGGACAACAUUCAGUGACAGCCACGCUGUCACAGCAUACUCUCAAACAAGCCAGGUAAUGUUUCAAUCGGAAGGAUGCCAUGCGCCGCAUCUUGCUCGGGGUCAUUGUAUAGAUGAGCAGGCCCAUCUCAGAAUGUCACUUAGAAGCUUGACAUGCUGGAUUUUUUAGGGCAAUGCCAUGAUGGUUGUAUCCCCUUUGACGAGAGAGUUGACUAAAGGAUUCAAGAGGCGACCCGAGAAUUUGAGUAUAGAAUUACAAAGUUGUUUUCCUUGUAUGAGCACCCUUAAAAUAGCUAUGCAAUUGUCACCACGCUGCCGACCAGAUGUGGAGUAGCUCUGUGUUUGAAACUGGCAAGGACAGAUGACAGUACUGUAUUACGUUUGGGUCUGUCUGCUGAUGAACACGUAUUGAUGAGACAGGCAUGAACUGUGAUUAAUUAAUAUUCAUAGUUAU